AGUGUAACUUUUUAUUUUUCCUAUUUUUCCCUGAAAUGUUUCUGAUGGAUUUUUACCUAUUUAAUUUUUAAUUCAUCACAACCUGGGAAGAAAUAUUUCUGUUUUCAAAGAAUUAUUGCCUCUGGCUCCAGGUACAGUUGAAGCAGGUCUUCUGAUUUGCUAAGCUUUAUGUCACUCAUAGUCAUCUUUGUGUUGAUUGGUUGAAGUGUUGACAGUGGGCGGGGCAUGAACUCACAAAGGCGCAGUCACGUGGUCUUCAGCUUAGUUAGUUAAUUGUCUCAAUGUCUUAAUUGUCAGAGAAAAUGCUGCAAUAACCUGAAAACACAAUGGAAAUGGUUUACAACAAAUUGGAAAAAUUUGAGAAGGAUGCAUGACAAAAGCAGAACUCCUAAGCUGAGUUAGAGUUAUCACAUUAGCUAAGUUAUUCAUCUGACCAGUGUGUUUAUCUUAGCCUCCUUCAUCACUUUUAUUCUAAGUAAUGUUAUUUAAUCACAUAAAAACUACUUACACAAUAAUCCUCACUAAGAUCAGGAUACUCGUUCUCAUUAAGAUAAAACCAGAAAAAAAAAAAAUACUGUAAAAACUUAAGUACAUUUAUACAGUUUAUGAGUUCUGCUUGUUUUCUAAUUCUUUCUACUAAUUUCUUUUUUAAAUUCUUUUUGUAAUAUGUCUUUUUAAAUCAAGCUUUUACAUCUGCUGAGUAUUUCCAGUACUUCCUGUUAUUUUACAUUUUUUUAUGUUUAAGACAGUUACAUGUGCUCAAUUUAAUGAAGCCACAAGAUACUAAAUCAAGGUCAUGAAAUCUGUGAUGUAGGAGGUUUUACAACCCUUUUCAUUCUCUAUUCUCUGUAUUUGCAGGUGUUUUCAAUAUUUGCUGCUGUUUCCAGAAAUUGUAUGUCAUUGGCCUGAUUAAAUACUUCAAAUAAAUCUGCAAACAAAUUCUGAUUACAAAACUUGUAAAAGUAUAAACCAGUUAGACAGUAUCAGUGAAGGUGAAACUCAGCAACUCCAUUUUGUGUCGAGGGGAAAAUAAACCAUUUCAGGAGUAAAAACACAGGUUUGAUUUAACACACCGAUGUUGGAGUGAAGUAAAUGUGUGUCCUGCUGUAAUCUGGAGAAAGAGACAUGACCUCCAACAUGAGUGUGUCUGGAAAACAGGACUUAAAGAAAGACGAGAGAAUGAUGGAGGGAAAGAGAUCAGACUCACCAGAACCCAGCUGUGUGUCCAUGAAGAGUGACGAGUCAAUUGGACGCAUAAUCUCCUUCAGAGACAGAGACAGUUCUACUGAUGUGAGACCACAAAAAAAUAAAUCAAACAUCAGCAAAAAUCAGUUGGAGUCCAUAUUCAAGGAGCUGGAACACAAAGUCAUCACUCUGAUAAAGAAUGAGCUGAAGAGGUUUAGGAAGCUCCUGAGUCCAGAUUACCCAGCAUGCACUGAGAGGGAGAUAGAGGAUGAGGAGGAUUUGCACAGUGUCAGAGAGGGAGUGCUGAAGAUCACACUGCACGUCCUGAAGAACAUGAACCACACAGAUCUCGCUAACACACUGCACAACAAGUGUGUGGCCUCUGUGCAUCAGCCAAAGUUGAAAUCCAACCUGAGAGAGAAGUUUAAAAGAAUUAAUGAAGGAAUCUCACAACAUGGAAGCUCAGCACUUCUGAAUGAGAUCUACACAGAGCUCUACAUCACAGAGGGUUGGAGUGGAGACGUCAAUAAUGAACAUGAGGUGAGACAGAUUGAGACAGCGUCCAGGAGACCAGCAACACAGGAGACAGCCAUCAAAUGUAAUGACCUCUUUAAAGACAAGUCCAUCAGAAGUGUGCUGACUAAAGGAGUUGCUGGAAUUGGAAAAACAGUCUCUGUGCAGAAGUUCAUUCUGGACUGGGCUGAAGGAAAAGCAAAUCAGGAUGUCUUCCUUUUGUUUCCACUUCCCUUUAGAGAGCUGAAUUUGAUGAAGCAGAAAAAUCUCAGUCUUAUGAAUCUUCUUCAUCACUUUUUCCCAGAAAUGAGAGAACUACAAUUAAUAGACUCCUACAAAGUGAUGUUGAUCUUUGAUGGUCUGGAUGAGUGUCGACUUCCUCUAAAUUUCCAGAACAAUGAGAGAUUGUGUGAUGUGACAGAGUCAGCCUCAGUGGAUGUGCUGCUGACAAACCUCAUCAAGGGGAAUCUGCUUCCUUCUGCUCUCCUCUGGAUAACCUCUCGACCAGGAGCAGCCAAUCAGAUCCCUCCUGAGUGUGUAGACCAGGUAACAGAGGUACGAGGGUUCAAUGAUCCUCAGAAAGAGGAGUACUUCAGGAAGAGGAUCAGUGAUCAGCACCUGGCCAAUAAAAUCAUCUCACACAUGAAGUCUUCAAGAAGCCUCUACAUCAUGUGCCACAUCCCAGUCUUCUGCUGGAUUUCAGCCACUGUUCUAGAGAGAAUGUUGGGUGAAGCAGAAAGUGGAGAGAUCCCCAAGACUCUGACUGAAAUGUUCACACACUUCCUGAUCUUUCAGAUCAAACACAAAGACCAAAAGUACCAUCAGAAAUGUGACCCUGAUCCUCAGCAGACCAGAGAGAGUAUCCUGGCCCUGGGAAAACUGGCUUUCCAACAGCUGGAGAAAGGAAACCUGAUCUUCUAUGAGGAAGACCUGAGAGAGUGUGGCAUUGAUGUCAGAGAAGUGUCCGUGUACUCAGGAGUGUGUACCCAAAUCUUCAGAGAGGAGUUUGGGCUUCACCUGGGGAAGGUGUUCAGCUUUGUACAUCUGAGUGUUCAGGAGUUUCUGGCUGCUUUAUAUGCAUUUCUCUCCUUCAUCAGCAGAACUGUAACAGAACAACAAACUACUGAUCUGUCUGAUCUUUUCAGAAAGUCAAACAUGUCUGAUUUCCUCAGGAGUGCAGUGGACAAGGCCUUACAGAGUGAGAAUGGACACCUGGACCUGUUCCUCCGCUUCCUUCUGGGUCUCUCCCUGGAGUCCAAUCAGACUCUCUUACGAGGCUUAAUGCCACAGACAGGAAGCAGCUCUCACAGCAAACAGGAAAUGGUCAAGUACAUCAAGAAGAAGAUCAGGGACAAUGCAUCUCCAGAGAAAUCCAUCAAUCUGUUCCACUGUCUGAAUGAACUGAAUGAUCAUUCUCUAGUGCAGGAAGUACAAACUUACCUGAACAGAGGAGGUUACAAGUGUCUCAGUGGAACCAGACUCUCUCCUGCUCAGUGGUCAGCUCUGGUGUUUGUGUUACUGAACUCAGAACAGGAGCUGGAUGAGUUUAAUUUGAGGAAAUAUGACCCAUCAGAGGAAUGUCUUCUGAGGCUGCUGCCAGUGGUCAAAGCCUCCAGAACAGCUGUGCUGUGGAAGUGUAAUCUGACAGAGAAAAGCUGUAGUGUUCUGUCUUCAGUUCUCAGCUCAAACUCCUCCAGUCUGAGUGAACUGAACCUGAGUGACAAUAAACUGCAGGAUUCAGGAGUGAAGCUGCUCUCUGCUGGACUGGAGAAUCCACACUGUACACUGGAGAUACUGAGCCUGUGUGAAUGUAAUCUGACAGAGGAAAGCUGUAGAGUUCUGUCCUCAGUUCUCAGCUCAAACUCCUCCAGUCUGAGAGAACUGGACCUGAGUGGAAAUAAACUGCAGGAUUCAGGAGUGAAGCUGCUCUCUGCUGGACUGGAGAAUCCACACUGUACACUGGAGAUACUGAGGCUGCGUGGGUGUAAUCUGACAGAGAAAAGCUGUAGAGUUCUGUCCUCAGUUCUCAGCUCAAACUCCUCCAGUCUGAAAGAACUGGACCUGAGUAACAAUAAACUGCAGGAUUCAGGAGUGAAGCUGCUCUCUGCUGGACUGGAGAAUCCACACUGUACACUGGAGAUACUGAGGAUGCAUUACUGCAGUAUUACAGAUGACGUUUGUGCUGCUCUGGCUUCAGCUCUGAGGUCAAACUCCUCAUCACACCUGACAGAACUGGAUCUGAAGGGUAAUAAUCCAGGAGAAUCAGGAGUGAAGCUGCUCUCUGAUCUACUGAAGGAUCCACACUGUAAACUGGAGACACUACAAAUUAAGGAUCGUAAAUUCAUCAGGACUGGCGUAUGACAGGAGUCUCACCUCAAACCUCUUCUCCAGGAUAAAGCAGUUUUGGUGACGCAUUAGAACUCGUCCCACAUUUCCAGCAGUUUGGGAGCUGAAUCAUUCAUAUUCAGAUGUAGACGUCCAAAACAAUAACCGUGACUGAUCACAUCCUUUUAUCCACUCAGCUACAAGUUACUUCAGGCUUUAAUAACAUAUUUUACAAUCCAAAGUCAAAUCCUUCAGCAUCUACACACAACACAGAGAUAUCAUCACAUCAUCAUACUGAUUACACAAAUACACAUCCAUGUGUUGUAGCUGUUUAUAGCUUAGUUUUAGCUCCAUGUUUUUAUCUAACAUUUGUGUCUCCACUGAUGAUUAAUUCACAGUUGUGAUAUUGAUAUUUUUUUUCCUCUUAAAAUGAUUUUCAAACCUCUGUUCUUUGUUUGCUAAUCUGUGGUAAUGGUAACCACGGUAACAGGUGGUUGCUUGAUUUGUUGUUAUAGUGAUAAAUUGAUCUCACUUCUAUCUGACUGGUUCCUUGGGUCCAGACCAGCAGGGUUCUUGUCCCAGACUUGAACAGUUUUUGCUGAACAAUAACUAGAUAUUUUCUGGUGAAAAAGUAAAGAACAGUUCCAUCACUGGUACCUCAUUUCAGUACAAAAACAUACACAUGAUCUGAUUCUACAUGAAAAUACGUUUUGAGUUCAAAAUGUAAGCUCACAUCAUUGAGCCUGACAUCACUUCCUGUACACAUGACUACAACGAACACCUGAAGCUGAAGAAUGUAAACGCAGCCGAAGAAUAUAGAAGCAGCUGAAAUGUUAUAUCAGAUUGUACUGAUUUUUCAUCACAGAGAGUCUCAUGAAGAACAGAAGCGUGAAAUAAAACUCUGCCUUCCUUCCUGCUAAUAAUCAUAAUGAUGAUGUUAAGAGAUUAAUAAUGUUCUUCUCUGGUGAUCAGUUCACAACAUGCCAGGAUUCAUUAUUCUGUAAUCUCACACCAGCUAAUAACAGUAAACAUGUAUAUGAGUGUAAGUAAGCUCAUGUGAUAAAACAAGUGAAAGAGCUGAACUAGAAAGUAACAUGCAUCACUGCAUCUAAGUCUGACUGUUUGAUAUUUAGAUUAAAAAAAAAACUAACUGAAAAGUACAUGCACUGUAUGUAUUCCUAUCAUUUAAUACAGUUUAGUGUAAAUGCUGUAUACACUCACUGUCCACUUUACUAGGAACACCUGUACACAUUCAUGCAGUAUAUUGGCAAUUUAUAUCAUCAAAUAUAAUAUAUAUAAGCAAAUAAGCAAAAAAAUAAAGGUGUUUUU